AUCAAACCUAAUAUCGCGCGAGCCAAGGCGAAAUUGGUUUGCCGCUUCGGCGCCCGUCCAGCAGUUGAACCCAUCGAGAACUCAUGGACAAAAAAGCCGUCACGCUGGAUGCAGAAAUGGUGAUCUUCCGAGCCGAGUGCCACGUAGCUCAGUGCAAGUCGAACCAGUACCAACCAUACCUUCACAGCGGUCCGCAACGGCAAAUGCCAUGUGUCGUGCAAGUGCCCAAGAACGCGUUCCUGUGGGACUGGCGAGAAGGCAUCAUGGGAUUUAGGGAUUUGGACGAUCCGCAGUGCGUGAUCAGUCGUUGUCGAUGUGGCUACGUGUUCAAUUGCGUCUACUUUCACAAAGGCGGCGACGGCAAGGAAAAGUGCGCCGUGGCGUUAAAGCUCAUGGACAAACGACUAAUCACACUCGAGGGCGACGACUUGGAGGCGGAAGUCCGGGCGAUGCGCAUGCUGCAGCACAUUGGUAUGGAUUCGGCCCUGCGGAGUCGGCACGCCAUUCGAUGGGAGACGGCCGAAUGUCCGUACAACCACUACAUCGCGACCGAGUACAUCUCGAAUGGGUCGCUCAUCUCAUACAUGCACAAGCGCUUUGGCGAGAUCCGAUCGGACGUCCAUCGCUACCUCGGCGCGCGGGCGAACCCCGUAGACGCCGGCAAGCGCGUCGGCACGUGGUUCCUCCACGACGUGGUGCUGCCGCUGUUCCAUCAGAUUCUCUGUGCCCUCGCGUACAUCCACACCCAGAACGUAUGUCAUUUGGACUUCGACCCGUACAACGUGGCCGUGGACAGGCACCGCGUGGUUCGGCUGCUCGACUUUGGCAGCAGCCAGCUCAUGGACGGCCGCAGCUCCGUCGGCGGCGGUCGCGACUUUCCCCAGAUCAAGACCAAGCUGCUUUACAGGUCCCCCGAACUGCGCAAGAACAACCGCGACCGCGCGACGUACCAGCGUUUCGUCGCCCACCGCCCGCCCCAUGCGACCUUUCGUGACGAGCAAAAGCUCAUCCCCCCUGGCUUUCACGGCGCCAAGUCGGAUCUGUUUUCGGCGGGGGUUGUGGUACAUAUGCAUGCCUUGCUCUCUAUUUUGUUACCUUUUUGUGAUGGUUUGGUGCGAUGUACUUAGUGCCUGGAAAUGACCAUGUUUGGGUUCAAUUACGUUGGGUGCACGGGUCCAGCGUUUGUGAGCAUGCAAAACCCCCAGUACCGCGACCAGUUUUACGCCCAUGUGGCCAAGCAGUGCACGACCCAGACCUGUGUCUUUUGCGCCCACAACCUGCCCAUCCCGCCCUUCAUCCUCCAGACCAUCUCGAAGAUGAUGGCCCCCAACCCCGCUGAUCGCAUCCACGACGCCGUCGCGCUAGCAAGCGAGUGGAAAACAAACUGGGACGCCCUGCUCCACAAGGCCAACGACGACGUCUCACGGCAAGUGCAGCACCACCAGCAGCCGGCUGCUGCUGCUUUCACACCAUCCCCCGUCGUCGCGCGACCAACGGGCUCGGCUGCAGGACAGCCCACAUUUGCCACUGCCUGUUGAAUCAAUAACAUGGACUUGACACGAACACAAUGGGUGUGUUAUUACUAUGUUGUCGAGC